AUGUCAAAUUCUAACAAUAUUGAAAUUGAUGAAUUGGAAAUAAAUAACAAGAGAAAACCAAUCCGAAUAUUAACACCAAAAGAAAUUAGUAAAGCUUUUCGUAUAAUGGCGUCUAGAAAAGCAGAAAGACAAAUAAGACAGCCAUCUGGCACAACAGUUACUGGUAUAGUUCCAACAAAUGCAUAUCAAUGUUCUGAUUCCAAAUAUGUUAUCAUAGGUGGUAAUGGUGACUCAAUUUAUAAAAGACUUAUGGAGGCAGCCGGUAGAAUAGAUUUGACAGGUGAAAAGUAUGCCACAAAUAAACAGAGAGUUAAACAUCAACAAUUGAUUGAUGAUGCAAUAAAUAAUUGGACAAAGACUUUAACAUCAAAACAAGUAAUUGAGAGUUUGGAACAGGUUGGUGUACCAUGUGGUGGCAUUUAUAAUAUAAAGGAUAUUGUGAAUGAUGAGCAUGUGAAGGAACGUGAAUUAUUGGAAGUGGUUAAAGUUGGUGGCAAUAAUUCUGACAAUGGUUGGAAUUUAAAGAUUCCGGCAAUUACACCAAAAUUAACAUCUACACCUGGUAAAACUAAUUGGGCAGGUCCAGAUUUAGGUCAACAUAACAAAGAAAUAUUUGUAAAUGUAUUGAAAUUAAGUGAACAAGAAAUUAUAAAAUUACAAGAAAGUCAAAUUAUUGGAAAAACUUUAUGA